GGGGACUUUCAGCAGGCAGGGGCGUACCGAGGUGAGGGCUCCCCUCCAUCCCCCUGUACCCCAAUGCACUCCAUUGCACCCACUGCAUCUUUCCGCACCCAGCUGCACCUCACUGCUCUCCAUUGAGCCUCCCUGCACACCAGCCAUGCAAUCGCACCCCACUGCACCUCUUUGCUCCCCACUGCCGGCUACUGCUCUCAGCAUGCAUCCCAUUGCAUCCCAUCACAUCCAGCUGCACCCCACUGCAUCCCACUGCAUCCCAUUGCAUCCAGCUACAUCCCGUUGCAUCCCAAUGCAUCCCAUUACAUCCCACCGCAUCCCACCACACUGGGGAGGGGGCCCCAACCAGGACAACCUGCGGGUUGGGGUUCUGCCUCACGGGACGGGCGCUGAGCCGCUGCCACCCGGCCAGGUGCUGUCCCUGGGUGCCGACGUCCUCCCCGAGUACAAGCUGCAGGCGCCGCGCAUCCACAAAUGGACCAUCCUGCACUACAGCCCCUUCAAGGCGGUGUGGGACUGGCUCAUCCUGCUGCUGGUCAUCUACACCGCCAUCUUCACGCCCUACUCGGCCGCCUUCCUGCUCAACGACCAGGAGGAGGCCCAGCGGCACAACUGUGGCUACUCCUGCAGCCCCCUCAACGUGGUGGACCUCAUCGUGGACAUCAUGUUCAUCAUCGACAUCCUCAUCAACUUCCGCACCACCUACGUCAACUCCAACGAGGAGGUGGUGAGCCACCCCGCCAAGAUCGCCAUCCACUACUUCAAGGGCUGGUUCCUUAUCGACAUGGUGGCUGCCAUCCCCUUCGAUCUGCUCAUCUUUGGCUCCGGCUCUGAGGAGACCACCACACUGAUCGGGCUGCUGAAGACGGCGCGGCUGCUCCGCCUGGUGCGGGUGGCCCGCAAAUUGGACCGGUACUCUGAGUACGGGGCGGCCGUGCUCUUCCUGCUGAUGUGCACCUUCGCGCUGAUCGCGCACUGGCUGGCCUGCAUCUGGUACGCCAUCGGCAACGUGGAGGGGCAGCGCAUCGGCUGGCUGCACUCGCUGGGCGACCAAAUCGGCAAGCCUCUGAACGACAGCAACCCCCUGUACGGCCCCACCAUCAAGGACAAGUACGUCACGGCGCUCUACUUCACCUUCAGCAGCCUGACCAGCGUCGGCUUCGGCAACGUCUCGCCCAACACCAACUCGGAGAAGAUCUUCUCCAUCUGUGUCAUGCUCAUCGGCUCCCUGAUGUAUGCCAGCAUCUUUGGGAACGUGUCGGCCAUCAUCCAGCGGCUGUACUCGGGCACGGCGCGCUACCACACACAGAUGCUGCGCGUCCGCGAGUUCAUCCGCUUCCACCAGAUCCCCAACCCGCUGCGCCAGCGCCUGGAGGAGUAUUUCCAGCACGCCUGGUCCUACACCAACGGCAUCGACAUGAACGCGGUGCUGAAGGGCUUCCCCGAGUGCCUGCAGGCCGACAUCUGCCUGCACCUGAACCGCAGCCUGCUGCAGAACUGCAAGCCCUUCAAGGGAGCCACCAAGGGCUGCCUGCGUGCCCUGGCCAUGAAGUUCAAGACGACGCACGCUCCACCCGGGGACACGCUGGUGCACGCCGGCGAUGUGCUGACUGCGCUCUACUUCAUCUCGCGUGGCUCCAUUGAGAUCCUGCGUGGGGAUGUGGUGGUGGCCAUCCUGGGGAAGAACGACAUUUUUGGGGAGCCGCUGAACCUGUACGCGCGGCCGGGGAAGUCCAAUGCCGACGUGCGUGCGCUCACCUACUGCGACCUGCACAAGAUCCACCGUGAGGACCUGCUGGAGGUGCUGGAUAUGUACCCUGAGUUCUCCGACCAUUUCUGGUCCAGCCUGGAGAUCACCUUCAACCUGCGCGACACCAACAUGAUCCCCGGUUCCCCGGGCAGCGAUGAACUGGACAGCGGCUUCAACCGCCUGCGCAAACGCAAGCUCUCCUUCCGUCGCCGCACAGAGAAAGAUGCGGAGGCCGCCGGGGAGCCGCGUGGUGGGCAGAAGGCGCUGAGGCUGAGCAGGGGCUGCCAGGCACCGGGAGCCCCGCGGGGGCCAGCAGAGUGGGAGCCGUGCCACUGCAGCUCGCCCUCCAGCUCCCCAUCCAGCGAUGAGGAUGAGCACCCAGCACCCACCCCGGGGGCCGCCGCUCUCUCCCCCUUCCGCAGCCCCCGGCCCGGAGGUGAAGCCCCCACAGCCACCGACACUGAGGAGCGCGAGGGCAGUGAUACGUGCAACCCCCUCUCAGGAGCCUUCUCGGGGGUCUCCAACAUCUUCAGCUUCUGGGGGGAGAGCCGGGGGAGGCAAUACCAGGAACUGCCCCGCUGCACCAUCCCUGCACACGCAGCCCUUGGGAUCCCAAUGCCCUCCAUGACUCGCCGGCAGCGCUCUGAGGUGGAGAUGCGCCUCGACCUCCUCCAGAAGCAGCUCAAUAGGUUGGAGACGCGGAUGGCGGCGGACAUCAGCUCCAUCAUGCAGCUGCUGCAGCGCCAGGCUGCUCUCGUGCCCCCUGCCUACAGCACGGUGUCAUCCCCUCAUCAGCCUCCUGGUCCCCCCCCGUGCCCGCUGCAGCCCAUCCUCCCCAUCACCCCCAUCCAGCCGCUGUCUCAGGUUCCCAGCUUCCCAGUGCCCCCAGAGCUGCGCGGUGCUGGGGGUCCCCCGCCGCCCCCCGACGUGGUGCUGCUGCUGGAGCCGUCCCCACGCCGCCGCUCGCUGCCCGGCCCGCUGCCUCCCGCGCAGCCGCUGCACAGACACUGCUCCGAUCCCGGCAGUUAGGGGGCAGCGCGGGACGGGGUCGGGACCCCCAUCCACGGACGCGGGACCCCGUCCCCAGGACGCCAGGGUCACGGCUGCCGUCCCCACGGACAUUGCGCCCACGUUAGCUGGCCUAACCCCGGGCCGGGCCGGUGGCAGCGGGUGUGGGCUGCUCUCGCCCUUCCUCCUCCUCCUCCUCCUCCUCCUCCUUCUUCUCCUCCCCAUAGUGCUGCAGCGGGGGGACGGGGGAGCGGGGCAGUGUGCGUGUAUGCAUUUCCGUGUGCGCACGCCUGUCCUCGUGCACAGAUGCGUCUGAUGCACACGUGUCUUUAUGUGCGCCCUGUGAGUCCGCGUCUGUCUGCGCGCUGCGGCCCUCUGCCCCGUCUGCUCUGUGCACACGUGGGGCCGCGUGUCCGUGUGCUUGCCGCUGCGGCGACGCUGCGAGUGUCCCGCUGUGCUCCUGGUGUGCAAGGUGCAAACGCGCGCCUUCUCCGGGCUUGGGGUGGGCGCGUGUCCUCGUCUGUCUGCCGUGGGGCCGCCGUGGGGCAGCGCGUGGCUCCGGCGUCUCCCCUCCCCGCGCUCCCUCCCCACGGCACAGGGGUUGGGGGAGGUCCCGCUGUGCCGCCGCACGCACAAUGUGGCGGGGAGGGCUGGGGGGUGCGGGCAGGGUCCCCCUGCAGCCCCCCAACGCGCGUGCCGUGUUUGUGCCGUCGUCCCGUAGGUCUCUGUGUGCCCCCACCCCCAGCCUUUUUACACCGCCCUGCAUGUCGCCUUCUGCGGUAGGAGCCCCCGUCCCGCACCCCAAUAAAGCGGACCGAGGACUGCA